AGUAGAACCGACUAAGAAUUUUCUUUCCUUCUGUAAGUGCGACGAGCUGGGAGUCCUUUCACCUCUCCCUUCCUUCCCUCGCUCGCCUCGCGAAGACCAAUACUCGCAGCAGAAAUACAAUUUAUAUGCCUCCUUUUUUUUAAUUGUUUAUUCGUUCGCACUCUGCAGGAGCUCUCCGCUCAUUUCUUCUUAUUCUUCGUGUUGUUGCCGUCGUUGUUAUGCCCGCGUUAGGCGAGCUGAUUAAAAGCAGUUGUCACCGUUUUUGAUUCUUAUUCUUACUUCUGUUUUCUUUGUUCAAGGGAGUACGCCCAUGUCAAAGUCGCUGCAGUCCGAUUCUACGCUUUCCACCGGAUCGGGGCUUUCGGGGCGGUACGAGCUGACGUUUUCGCCCCUCACCAGCGGAAAGCAAGUGGGCCCGUUAGAACAGGCAAAAGCGACGGAGUUUGACGACGACGACACCUACGGCCUUGCAGACUACAAUGCGAGGCCUUUUAUUUCGCACCCGGCGAAUCGUACCGGGCCGAUGCCGCCGGUACCCUGCGGCCUCGGGGCGAAGCAGACGGCGUCUCCUUUGGUGGGCUACGCCCCUCUCCAGCCUGAUCGCCGGUUUGCGGCCAACAGUGGCAGCGGCAACGGUGCCACCAACGCGUCAUCGCUGCUGGCGAUGUACAACAGGGCGGUCACUUCUGCCGGGUCGCCGUGCUUGGGGGUGGACGGCAAGAGUGACCGCCAUCGCAGCUUCGCGCAGGCCUUGCGAACACCGCUGAUCGACACCGACAACAACCGCAAUCGCCACAGCACCAACGCCUGCACCGGCAGCAACAGCAGCAGCAGAAGUAGCAACAAAUCACCGCUGGCCGCGUCGCAAUCCGCGCGCAGCAAGGCUCGGCGAGGGCCGACGACGCCGACGACGCGGCUCGCUGAACCAGCGACGACGAACAUCGCCACCUCCGCACGCCGGGUCAGCGGUGGCUGUUUGGAGCCGCUGUCCCGCAGCACCGGCGGCGCUUUCGGCGUGGUGGCGACCUCAUCACGCGAGAGACGCACGCGUACACCGACCAACUCGCAAGAAGCACUGCUCGCCCAAUCGAACGGCGUGACGUCUGCCCCGACCUACUUGUUCGGUGCGUCGUCGAAGAACAGCACCGUCAGCAGCAGCAGCCGCGGCGUCGCGGUCCGGGCCUCCUUCCUGGGCGAACCGCCUCCUCGCAGUGAGGAAGAGACGGACAAUGCCGGCCUCGAGGGCACCGGCGGACCUGCCGGUCAAGGGACGGCUGCCUUCGCCACACCCGUUGCUGUCGUCCCCACGGCACCGCUGCACCGAGACGAGUUCCACAGCCCCGACACGACGUUGCUGCGCCGGGGGGUGGUGACGUCGCCGGCGGAGGCUCGUCCGUCGCGCCAGGUCAUCGCUCUCCCUAAAGCAGCGACUGGCACGGAUAGCGGCGAUGUUCCAACGGGGUCGCCGACGCCGACGAUACCGCGCAGCCGACGCAUCAAUGCGAGCCGCAGCGGCAGCAGCGUCUUCUCCAUGCACACCCUCGUCUCGCGAAGGAAAAACGCGAACUGUUUCGACUACGGGUUGAGCGCGUUAGGGUUUCCCGUGGAGGGGUCAAGGCAGCCACCGCCGCCGCAGCAUCAACCGAAAACACCACAGUUACGCGGCAUCUCUCCCGGCGGCCCUGGUGCGAACUACAACGGUGCGGAAAGCUCCUUCGCCGCCGCCUCCCAUCUUUGUGGAAUAGGCCACGCCGGCGAUGACAAUGGCAGCGGUCUUGUGCGUAUGGCGAGCUCGCCGAAUGACGUGACCAUGACGACGGCGACAACAAACUCUACGUUGCCGUCGCUGGUCUUACACAGCAGGCAGUCGAGCCCGCAGACACAUCAACAGAGCAUUGCUGGUGUGACGGGAGUGAUAUCGAUGUCCAGUCAUUCGAGUGCCUCGUUGACCGGCCAUUCAGCGCGGGAAACACCAUUGGGGACGUUGGCGCGGUGGGCGAGCGGCGGGGGCGGCAGUGCGGACUCCGCCUUUGCAGUGGAAAACAUCGUGGAUGCGUUGAAGCAGCAGCAGCAACACCAACACCAACAGGAAAGCCGGACGCCUGUCGGCUCGAAUCUCUCGACGACCGCCAGAGCGGCUACGACGGCCACAACGGCGGUCAUCGACAGCGUCCCAGCCGCACCCCACCUCCGUGUAGGGAGGAGGAAGACGGCGGAUGCCGCUCGUGAUGAUCAGCCCGCUGAGGUGAAAGUGAAUGCGACAAGUGCAGACACGUUGCCCAACAGAAACAGCAGCAGCAACGGCAGCGGGGCCACCCCGUCGGUGUCGCUGCGUUCCAUCGUUCUGCAGCCGCGACAUCUACCCCGCACCUCCGACGACGUCGACGACAACUUGCGCGGUGACAACUCCAGCGACUUCUUUGUGAUGCACAAUAUCGCUUGUGGUGAUGGCGCGAAGAGCGGACGCCACUGCAGCACCGUUGUCACGGUCGGCGCCCGCCUCGACCAACCGCCGCAGCCCUCCCCGAGCGCCGGGACACCGAAUGUGCGGAAUCCGAAGCUGCCCUACCAGCAUGCCGGUCCGCGCAGCCCGUGCCUUGACGAAGUAGCUGAUGAGGCUGACCGAGAUGCGCUGUUGCAGGCGUCGCUGGUCCACCACGACGACUCGGACGACGACGAAGCGCUCCUGUACGGAGACUUCGAUGAGAGCUACAACGACAGAAGCGGUGAGAGUGCGGAGGAUGGCAUGGAGAGAGGUGCAGCUUGCGUACAAGAGCACGGAAAAGGAAACGCCGCGCAGGCGUCGCGGCCACCCCUGUAUCGCAACGGCAAACCGGCGGAUGCAGCAAGAGCAUCAGACACUAGUCCAGCGAACUCGAACGUCUCCAGCGAGCGCAACAGUGCCAACAUACGAUGCAGCUUGAACCCGGUCCGCGGCACCACCGCCGAGGAGCGCCAGUGGCUCGCCCGCGCCAGCUGUGAGACUUUUCUCCCCUUCGAUGAGGUGGCGGCGGUCGGCUCACGCGGCUUCAACAGUCUCCUCCUCACUUCCUUCCUGCGUCAGGCCCGGUCUUCAGAGACGGCGCACCCUUCGGCCUCCUUCGGCAGCUCGCCCCCAUCAUCGAUGGCUGCCACCGUGGCUGGGCUACCCUACGGUAGCUUGUGUGCGAGCGUCGCGUCGCAAACUUCAGGUUCCGCUCCUGUUGCUGCUGCUGCUGGCGACGGCAGCCGCACUGCACCUGCGGAUGAAGUUCAACUACUCAACACUCGCGCGGAGCAGGACGGUGCUUCUGCUGCCAUUACUACUGCUGCUGCGGCUUCGUCGCCGCGUGGGACACAUGGGAAUUUGGCAAGCUCGGGGUCAGCGCUGCGUGUGCCUGCACUGCCGCGCCUAUCCGCAUCCACAUCGUUGUCAUCGUCGCCCCGCCCGCAAGUGAGCGGGUCGCGUGAUCGCCUGCUGCCGUCAGUGGAUAACGGCAGCAGUACAACAGCGGCGGCCGAGGCGGCGCUCCCGCUGGCACUGACCCACGCCGGUAUCCUGCGCUGGGCAAAGCCUCUCUCAGCAGCCGAAUUGUCGGGCGUCGACGGCAGCCCCGCCGCCUUCGGGGCAUCCUCGUUCGCAUCCGCAUCGCCGCCGAAGGGCAUUGGUGAACGCCUGCUGCACCAGCUGGACCUGCUGAACCACGGGGCCUGGCAAGAUGCGCAGGUACUCUGCCUUCUCGAGCACCGCAGCCCCGCCCCGACAUCAGCGACGCGAGUGUUUGCCGCGGACAACGGCUACGCCAUCCGCGUGGUACAGAACGGUCUCAUGGGCGACUGCGAGACGGACGAGUGUGUGGAGCGCUGCGCGGCUGCAGUGAUGCCGGGCGCAAUGGGCACGGAUGGCGCCGCCCUGCCUUGUUCGCUGGCGCUGCCGUCGGCGCUGAUCGACAACGCCGUCCAGCGCUUCUUUGAAGAGGGCGAGAACGCUGUUGCGGUGGUGAUCGACACGGCGGAUGACUUCGCCGCCAGACGCACCGCGUCGACGACGAAGGUGCACCGUGACAGGAGUGACGGUGGCGACGACGGAGUGAGCCCGCAGAUGGACGCGUGGGUGGCGCAGGCGAUGGGCCGGCAGGUGGUCGAGGCAUUUGAAGCGUUCAAGGAUGCCCAGAGCAAGACGCAGCCGAACUUGGUCACCGACUUGAAAGUGGCGGUUGCCUUCAUACCCGUUUUGCCAAACACGCCCAACACAUCGAGCGACGCUCCUUUUUCUCCUUCAUCUCGGCAAAAUGUGAAACCGGUGUUUUACGACGCCGUGAGCGAGGCCUCGUCUCCGCGCGACGUCCGCCGACCGCUGAAGGUGGCCAAAUCGCCCAUCUUCGGCACCUGCCUCAACGAGUGCCAGUGGGUUGUUGUGGAGGACGAAUCGGACAUCACCGUCGUCUUCACACUUCUCCGUCGCAUAUUUCCGCAGGUGCAGGGACGGCAAGGCUUUCUGUACAUCCAGUUUCUUCACCAGUGCUUUGUUCCUGGCACUGCGGCGGGUGGCGGUGCAGCGUCUUCCACGGGCGACCGUGGCGUCGCUGGGUUUACGCGUCGUCGCAGCGAUGCGUUGACCGGUGGCGGUGCCUAUCGCCGUAGCCACCGGCUCAGCGACAUCGUCGUGUCCUCCUUCACCAUCGCCUGCACCCACUUCCCGCAGGUUUUUGAGGUCAUUCUGGAUCAGCGGGCCGACACGCCGUGGCCGCUGUUGCGGUAUGCGUUGGGCAAAGGCCCGAGCACGGUACUGGGCAUUGCCCGCGUGCAUGAAGAAGACGAAGAGGCUGCCUACCCGCUCAGCUUGCUGCAGCGCAUAAAGGCCAUUCAGCACCCGUGUCCGCGCCGCGGCAGCGUGCGGGCGUUUGUGACGGAGCAGCGCAACAAGAUGACGGAUCUAAGGCGACGGCUGGCAGACGCGGAGGACCGGAUGAUGCGCAGCACCCUGAACGCGGCAGCGCGUGCGACGAUGAAGCGGCUGUCGGUGCUCAUUUCUAAGCUGGCGUGCAACAUCAGGGAUGCCGAGGAGUUUCUGUUUGACCCCGAGACCGCCCACGUCCCGGUGUACGUGGAUGCGCGUCGCUCGCCGGUGCCUGUCACGGACGAUGGUGUGGUUGACGAUACGACGCAGUCGCCGCUGCCGCAGCAACGCCAACAACCGACCCCGCUGUUGCCGUCGCCGGCACCCCACAGUUCACCCACCCCGGCGCGUGCGUCUGCAGCGUCGUCCUCUUCUUUUGCUACUUCUGCUCUGCUGCUGAACCCCGGGCGGCCGUUGCUGCUGGCGAUGGUGCAGCAUUACGACCCCCGCACGGACACAGUAGCGGAGCCCGCCACGUCAGCUGAGCGGAAACGCACUGCGAACUGGACGAUUUCCCCUCGCGGUUCCACCGUCGAUGCACGCAGUGCACGGAAGCAGCAGCAACAGUUACACCAAGAACAGCAUGCCCCAACACAACAGCUGCUGCCACGGACGCUGACGGCCUGGCUAACGUUGACCAGGUCUGUUCCCUUUGAAGUAGAUGAGGUGACGUCGCUGAACAUACUGUCCGAUUCUGCCGCCCAGCUGCCCGUUUGCGAGACGUGGCGCCAGGUCGGGGCCCACUUCCACGCUGGCCGCAGCGCCACCGUCGUGGUGGUGCAGGAGAAAAAAGAAGAAGGCCGGCUGCGGUCGCUGCGGGUGUCGCUGGAGCUGGUGCACGGUGUCUUAAAAGAUACGUGGGCUCGACGGGGCUCUUCCCCCGCCUCGUCCGCGCUCCCCUCCUCCGCCCCAUCCUCGCGCGCGGUGAUGCGGGUGGCGGUGUCUGUCUUUUACCUGAGCGGGUCCGCGGUGGCCGAUCUCCUGCGCUGCUCGACGACCAGCCGCGUCGUCACCGGCACGUCGGCCGCCGGCGCCGUCGUCUUCACGCCGGUCACGCUAGCGCUUCGUCCGUUGACCGGCACUGCCGUCCCGCUGAACGUCACGCGUCAGACUGUGGAUUCGCUGCCGGAGUUAGAGACGGUGCUGCGUGCCGCGGUGGAGCGCCUGCGCGAUGCGCAGGACGCCGUCACCGGCGACGCCACCGUUGAGGGGCCUGCCGCUGAUUUGUUGACGCGGCGAAGUUUGACAGCGCCGGGCUACGCUGUCACCACCGUGGAGCUAACGCAGCGCGUAGUGCAGGACGGCGGCGAGGACGACGUGUACGUCAGUUCGUUGACGGUUAUUGAUCUUGGUGGUCACUUCGGUCUUCUCGGGGACGCGAUCGCGACCAACGCUGCCCUUGAAAGAGCAGCCAGGGGUAUCACCGCUUCUACCACUACUGCUGCUGCUGCUGCUGCUGCUGCUGGUGCUGCCGGAGAGGAGAAAGACGCACCCUCGGUGGCAGCGCUGCUGCUGGCGCGUCUGCUUGUCAAGCGGCGCGACCUUGUCGUCUGCGCCGCUGCGCUGCCCGCUGUCCCAACGGCGGCCUCCGCGUACGGCCUCAUGAGUACACUGAGCGACUUUCAACGACACGCCAAAGGCGCCCCACACAUUCUCUGCAGUGCGCCGCCCGGCAGUGUGCGUCGUUUCAUUACGCAUCUUCAGGCGGUGCUCGUCGAAGCAGAAACCCAACGGGGUGUUGACGCGAAUAGUGUGUCGGAGGUGCGAGAUGCGCUGACGCGUGCGCAGUCGGUGUUAGUGAACCCCCACACGGUGACCUUUGACUCCUACCCGUGUACGCAGAACGAUGUGACUGCGAUGAUGGAGCUGCCGGCGGCGUCGCGCCUCGUCCUCGACACGUCGGCGCUGCGCAGCUCGCUCUUCACACCGCAGAACACGUCGUCGACAACGCCGACAGCCGCCGACAGCGUCUCGACGGUCGGCGGCAGCGGCGGCUCAGCUGAGGUGUCGACCGAGUCGGCGGGGCCGCAGGAGACGUGCACAGCUGUGUCACAACUGUCACAGCGCGACGAAGCGACGCACAGCAUGGACGUCCAUGCAAGCGAGGAGCCGCAAAAAGCGGCAGCAGCAGCGACAGUGGUGGUGGCGCCACGCAGGGCGAGCGUGACGACGAGAGGACUCAGCACAGCGGCAGCCACAACCCCUAAGGCGUCACUCGACAGCGUCAAAGGGACACCGGCGGCGAGUGCGAAGCAGAGCAGCGCCCCAACAGAGCUGCGAAGCCGAAAGGCGAAGGAAGAGCGCGGUACAGACGUCGCGUACUACGGGGUGCACUACCGCGGGCGCGACACGGUCUUGACGGAGCGCGAUGUCAUGCGUUUUGUGGCGCCACGAGGGCCUCUUUUCUCUCCCACAGGGGUGGGCGCAGAGACGCGUGCCGCCGCCGCUGACGAUCAGAGAACCGAAGAGGAAGUGGCGGAGCAAGACGCAGAAGAGGUGGAGGGGAGCACGGCGGAGCCGGAGCCGGUGUGGGUGCCGUCGGUGCUGGUGCUGAACGCGCCAACGACUUCCUCAUACGUGAAGCGGUAUGCGACAGGCGUCCGCGUUCCGUUGCCGUCCUCCUCGGGCGCUCAUUUCACUUCCUACGCCUCCAACGAAGUGGUGAACAUCAAACCGACGUCAACCGGCAUGAGGAGCUCUUUCUUGACGCGGGCGGUGUCGUGUGUCUCUCGUGGCCGCACCGCGGCGCUGCUCAUCUGCGACACGGAGUCCUGCGACGCCGCGUCCUGCAUCGCGUGGCUCACGCUGCGCACCGUGAUGGGUGGCGUUUUCCAGUCCUUGAAGAUGAAGGAAGUGGCCGGGGUGCAGCACUGCGCCGCCUUGCGAGCGUUUUUAAUCGAGGAGGGCCGCGAAAACGAGUGUGCGGACCUGCUGGCACCGCGGUUGAGCGCGACGCAGCCCCGCCACGCGUUGACGCGGCUCAAGUACUCGCCCUUCUGUGGCCCGCAGCCGGCGGAUGCUACGUCGCGGCCAGUGAAGGACCUGCAGGAUGUGAACGUCGCCCUCCGCUCCGUCCUGGCGGCGGCACGGCUGGCACACCAGGCCACCGCCGCCGCCGAACCGCUACGUGGAGCGAUUGCACUGCAGCUGACGUUCCACCAGUUCAUCCCUGCCGCGGCGAGCCAGCCGGCGGACGUCGUCGUCGCGUCGCUGUGGUGUGUGCAGAUGGGCUGCAGUGCCGGCUGGAUGGAGGCGAUCCACUCGUCGCCCGACUCCGUGACGGGAACACUGCUGCAGUACUGGGUAGGGGGCCCGUGCUACACCACCUCCGUUGUCGGCCUCUCCCGCUUUCGCGGGGUGCGCGUGGAGACCUGGAAGGAGCUGUCGAGUGCGCAGCAGCGGCUGCGGGAGGUGCCACUGCGGCUGCCGCGCCUGGGCAGCGUACAGGCGUACAUGGCGUCCCUGCAGGAAUGCCUACGCCGCGCAAGACGAGACCCACCGCGUGCCACGACGCUCGCCUCUGCGGAAGGGGCGGAGUCAACGGAGGAGAAGACGACAAACCCCAACUCCGCGACGCCGUCAACGAGCUCGUCUGCCGGUUCGACACCGAAGCAGGUCGAAGGGACGAACAGUGCAAGUCGUAAUAGCAGUAACAGUGCCACAAAGAGCGCAGACUCGCUGAUGCGUGUGACGGCGCUGCUGAAAGAGGCCCAGCGCGUUGUAGAACGAGGCCCGGAUUUGGGCAAGUCGUCGCAGCUGCCGGGCCAACUGGCGCACGAAGCUAAAACCUUCGCCGAUUUGGACUACGGCGAAAGAGGAGACGCAGGCCAAAACGUUUCCGGCGUUGCGGUUCUCGCCACGCAACGGUGA